AACACCAGUAAAACCUCAGAGGAAGAAGUUUUUAGACAGUCCAUGGUUUCACAAUGAUCUCUGUUAUGUUGUGAUGCUGUUUUAAUACAAACAAUUAUAAGUUGUAUUUCUUUAAAUAGAAAAAUACAGUUCCGGUCUGCAAAUACAUGUAAUAUUCUCAUUCUCACAGUCGUGAGUUUUGAAGUAAGCAGGGAUAUCUUCUGUAUCAUCUGAAGUGAGAUCUGCUGCUGUCAAGAUGAUGUUUGUUAAAAAAGAGAGUGAGGAGAACACGAGUGAACCAGAAACCUGGAGAAUAAAACACGAGGAACAAGGCCUGAUGAAAGUGAAAGAAGAAAGACAAGAUCUGAAUGAAGUGGAGGAGAGCUAUCAGGAUCAGAAAGGUCAUGGUGUCACUGGAGAAAAAUCAGUGAGUUGCAGCGUUCAAAUAACAGACGUCCAAAAUCCUUUCAGCUGCUCCCAGUGUGGAAAAUCUUUCAAAUAUAAAGGAAGCUUUAUGAAACACAUGAGAAUUCAUAGUGAGAAAAAGCCUUUCAGCUGUUUUCAGUGCGGAAACACUUUCACAUGUAACGAAAACCUUAAGAAUCACAUGUUAAUUCAUGCUGGAAUAAAGCCUUUUACUUGCUCUGAUUGUGGAAAGAGUUUUACACAGAAAGGACACCUUAAGAGUCAUUUGGUAACUCACACGUUAGAAAAGCGUUUCAGCUGCUCUCAGUGUGGAAAAUCUUUUACACGGAAAACAAACCUUGAGGAUCACAUGUUAAUUCAUGCUGGAGUAAAGCCUUUUACCUGCUCUCAGUGUGGAAAGAGUUUCACACAGAAAGGACAACUUAAGGAUCAUUUUGUAGCUCACACUUCAGAAAAGUGUUUCAGCUGCUCUCAGUGUGGAAACACUUUUAAACAUAAAAGAAGCCUUAUGAAACACAUGAGAAUCCAUAGUGGGGAAAAGCCUUUCAGCUGUUAUCAGUGUGGAAACACUUUCACGUGUAACGAAAACCUUAAGAAUCACAUGUUAAUUCAUGCUGGAAUAAAGCCUUUCUCCUGCUCUCAGUGUGGAAAGAGUUUCACACAGAAAGCACACCUUCAGAAUCAUCUGGUAACUCACUCUACAGAAAAGCCUUUCAUCUGCUCUCAGUGUGGAAAGUCUUUCACACGUAAAGGAUACCUUGAGACUCACAUGUUAAGUCAUGCUGGGUAAAAGCCUUUCAGCGCUCUCAAUAUGGAAAGAUUUUCAUCUGUAUAGAGGAAUUGCACUUUGUAAGCGAGGCUGCGUUCCACUUCACUUUUAGACACCUGCUCGCAAACUUCCCUGAGCACUUCCCCUCAGGCGAAUCCCAGCUGCCAUUUGGAAGUGCGUUCCACUUUGUGAAGUGAGUAAGGAAAGUUUUAACAUGGACAGUCCCUCAACCCCUCGAUUUUGAACGAGGGAGCGAGUCAUAUUCAUGUGAAUGAAAUUGUAACAUCGUCAUAGAUUUUGUUGAACUUAUCCCCACCCCAUUUAUAACAGCUCAAGCAUGCCUAUAUACAUCUAGAAUGCUGCACCAAACACAUUUGUAAGGGGAAAAAUAUAAACACUAACUCCAUAACAGAUUCUAAGUGAUCAAGGGUUUAGGAUGUUUCAAUUCAGCUCAUUAAACGGUUCCACCUGUAGUAAGCACUCAAGCAGUGUAAUCAUUGACGUACAUCUGAUUGAAUGAGGUGGAAGUUUGUGAGUGAAGGGCAUAAAAUAUGGACUGGAACGCAGUAGAUAAACAUCACAUUUAAAUUUUUGGCUGAACCAUCCAUGUAAGGUUUUUAAAGGUAUUACUGCUCCUACUGAUACUGCUGAUCCAUCUGGUAUUUAACAGUAUUUUUAUGGGAAGAAAAACAAAACACAAUCAAGAAUUCACAAACAAAUUAAGACCAAUGCUUACAUUUAGAAAUGUAUCAGUCCCGUUGGCUCUUUCUCAAUACUAUAAAACUAUAAAAUAAUAUUCAUAUCUCUAAAUUAUUAUGUUCUUGUUCACACAAGGUUUGAAUUCAUUAAUUUAAGCAAAUUGUGUCUGUUUUGGCAUGUGUAAAAGAGUAAAUAUGUAUGUAUGAAAUGUGUAACAGUCAAAAGUAAAUUUUCUGUUUACAUGUAACACACUGCUACUCAAAUAAAUGUAAUUCAUGAA